AAAAUCGUUGUUUCUCAAUUUCAAUAUCCUGAACAUGGUAAAAUUGAAUUCAUGCAGUUUUUCUUUCAUCGUUAUUUUGGUUUUGCGCCAGUCCACUUGCAGCCAGCAUAGAGACGCUCCAAUCAAACGAAACAGUUGAAAUGAAGAUAUCGUAGAAAAAUUCCUAUCACCGAUCCAAUUCAUAUUGUAAAAAUUUUAACUCCAGCUCGAGCUUUUACUGAACUAGAUGAAUUUGAGUUGAGUUUGCAGGGUCGAGUGCCAACAGAACCUGACACUCCAGAACAAAUGAACUUGACGCUGAAACUGUAUACCAAUGAAAAUAAUUCGACUGGGCUUAGAUUCGAUUAUAAGGAAAAAUUUUUGGAGAAAUUCUCCUUGAAACGCAAAACUGUCAUAUAAUCCAUGGAUUCAUGAGUUCUUUCAAGGAAAAUGAAUGGACUGGCGUUAGCUAGACAAUCCAGCUAAUUCUCUGUUAUAAAACGACUAUUACUCAGUCUCAAUUAUCUACGGACUAAAUAUUUUUAUGGAAAUUCCCCAAAAGUUAUUAUGUUUACAAGGCCAGCCUAAAUUAAGGUUAUCUAUAGAAAAUUUUUCUAUCGUAUAAAGUGUCGAAAGAAAAUAUAAUAAUUUUCAAUGUCGUUCAUCAUAUUGGAAUAGUUGAUAAUAGUUGUUAAUACGUGAUAGUAGUGAUGCGUGAGCACUUUACGAGUAUGAUAAUAGUUAUAAUUCAAUUGCAUUUGGACUCUGAUAUGAAUAAUGAUAAUUUCCGGAAAAAGUUGCACUGAUCUUGACCUUUAAAUAUGAUGAUUAUACGCGAAACUUUCUGUCAAAAUAUUUAGCCUCGGGCUGAGUUAUAGCCGUUACAAGCUUAAAAGCCAUGUAGCUGAAGCCAUACCUCUAGAUAUUAUAAUUAUUCGUUUGCAUAUUUACUUGCAUCUGUUUAGCAAUUAAAAAAUUUAUUUUUUGAGUAUUCCAAACAAAAAUAUAUUGUUUUCGGAGUUAGCUGGCCGAAAAGAAUGGAUUCAAUAACAGAUUAUUCGAAGGCUGCGAAGUAAAAUACCACGUUGUGGUUGGAUUUCUGUUUCAUUUCAUUCAUAAAAUGCAAAAAUUUUCAGGAUUAAAUCUUAUUAUCAGAAUUAUCUUAUUUGGGUUUGAUCAAGUUUAAAUGGAUGUUGGAGACUUGAGAGGUCCAUUAAUUGUUAACGAAUCGUCGUUUUCAUCUGAAGUCGAUGCUUUACAAUUUUCUCUUGGCGAAUUCCCAUUGUUACAAAUGCGAUGAGGACACUUAAACUAACAACUGAAGUAUCUAGCUGGUACGGUGUAGACAGAGGAUUGGUGACAAUAAAAGACAGAAAAUAUUAAGGUGGAAAGGACGAUAAAAGGAAAGACAAAACUGACAUGACUGAACAUAGAUUCACAGGGUAAACCAAAUAGACAUGAGCUGCGAAGCCUGAGUCUUGAUUCAACUCCUUUGAGUUUUAUUGAAAUGAUUGAUGCAGAAUAAAUGAAUUCAUCAAUAAUCAUCAGCCGCAUCAUGAUUCUCAGCAUUAACACUGAAAGAAAAAACUAAUUUUAACCAGGUUUUGGUCAACGCUACCAGUAGGUAGGGAAAAGUCACAAUUGGUUGUUUUUUGGUGGGUCGCCCAUUUUGUGGAGGAGAUUGUCACGUUGCAUGAAAUGGCCGACAUUUCUUUGUUUUCGCUGCGAUACAGCGACCCGCGGAGGCCCUGGUAAAAUGAAAAUUGGACAACUUUAUUGAUACUACUAUUGCUGAGAUUUGUAUUUGACUAGUGAAGUGACGUAAUAUCUGUGCCUAUGCCCUAGUGAGAUUCAGUAUUAAUUAAAUGUAAUAGGAAUGUUUACCUAAAUUGCAUUAUAAUGUUAACGUUGAGAUUCAUCUGCAACCACAUCAUUUAAUUGGAUUGAGAAUUCCGGCAACUCGGUGACUACCUUGUUUGAGAGUCUGGUGACUCAAGUAUUAUCACUCGAUGGUGACACUCGAGUCGGUCGUAUAACUAAACGAUGGUCUGGUUUAGCUCGAGAGUUAUUCACUGACGCUGAUCAUUUUGGUAUUUCAUUUCCAAUGGAUUUAGAUGUUAAAAUUAAAGCUCUAUUAUUGUAAGCUUGAUUUUCAAUUGAUUUCAUGUAUUUUGAAACUAAACAGUGAUGCUGCAGGCAGAUGAUCCGAAUAAAAUGGGAUUGGAUAAAACCCCGUUUCAAUGAAAUGAAAAUUUUUUAAACGCAAUGUGAUUCUGGAUAAUUAUAUUGGGUAAACGUUUAAAUCUAGAUGUGGAAUAACACUCAACAACCAAGAAGGUUUCCGGUAGUUAAGAUUUAGGUUUAAUUGGUGAUGUGUGAACGUUGAACUUCCUGCAGUUGGAUAUUUGCCCUUAUAUUUAUCAUAUGUAUUAUUUUAUACAAAACACUAUAAGUUUAAACUUCUAUCAAUUUACACCAAAUGAAAUCGUAUCAAAUCUGUUAACUAUUAACUCAUGUUUGUCGAGUUUUUAUGAAAUUAUGACCAACAAAUCGCACAGUUUUAUCAUUUUACGGUCUCUCUCUUACGGUCGCAGAAUGCGAUCGGUUUAACUGAAAUUCGAACGAAUCUGUUGUACAGAAAAAGAAAAGUUCUAAUUCUAAAAAUAAAUACAUUUUCUGGUUGAUAAUCAAAAGUUUCAUCAGUAAAAUUAGUUUGUUGAAAACAUCUGCUUCCAUAACCGCACAAAAGCGCAAUCCAAGUUUCAAGUUUAGACACAAUUUUCUCGUAAACUGUAGACCAGAGAAACCUUUAAAUCGCACGAAUGGAAUCAGUUUUAUUUAAUUACCAACUAACAGAGUCUAAGCUUGAAAGAAAUUAAUUUUUACCCGUUUCUAUCCAUUCGUGUCAAUUUGUGCAUCAAUGUGACAAUUGCGUUAAAACUUUGCAACAUUCAACUUUCUGCUGAACAAGAAUCAAACAAGUUUAAACAAUGAUGCGCUUUAGUUGAUAGCAUGGUUGUAGGUUGCCGUUCAAUAGAUCUGCCUUAAGAGUAAUUAAAUGUAAAAUUAGUAGUUAAUAGUAGUUUAUAAUUUACUAAUUGUUCCAAAAAGUGGUAUCUAGUAAGAAUUACACAAUAAGAUUUUUGUAAUUAGUAAAAAAAGUUCUGAAAUACAUUGAAAAUAUACUGUCUCUACGGUAGUUGCCAAAAUAUCAGAAUCUAUUAAGAUUACUGAGACACUAUGUUUUGAUCAGAGUUACUCAUGAUAAAACUAUGAUUAAUGUUUUGUUGCUGAGAACUGAUUAACCACUAUCUAAUAGUAUAUUUUUCAUUCCUUCAACUUGAUCCGUUCUCAAGUAAUGAAUGGUUGAAAUAUUGGCAUCAAACCUUUUCAUCAUUACUGCAUAAUCAAAGAUCAUCUUACUUUUCCUCAUCCAGACUAGUAUUGAGCUAUGAUGAACGCCAUUGAAAACUUCAUUUCAUCUUCUUUCUAAUGCUGUACAAACAACAUCGAAAUACUCAUUUACUAAUGAGAACCAGAGUCGUCUUUUCCAAGCUCAAACAUAUAAUGAUCUUUGAAUCAACAAUUAAAUCUCACUAAUUGUCUUUGCUAGACAGAUUUAACUGUACUUUGAUCUUAGCCAUGUAAUGAUCUUUGAUUAUAACUCAAAAGGAUAAUUUGAUCUUUUUCCUGUUUGCUCAUUGCUCGUAACUGUUUUCCUUACUAAUGGUUAACUGAAAAAAUUAACAACAUCUAGUCCAGUCUUGUGGUUUGCACCGGGAACUUUCAGUUCGAAAGCAACAUUUUGUUUCACUCUUGUUGUGUUCCUUGUUAUUUAGCACGAAGUAUUAGUAAUCGUUUCCUAAAGUCAUUAUUAUUUUUAUUAUGAGUCCCAUUAUUUCAACCCAAUGUACAAAGAGCAAACAGACGAUAAACUGUUCAUGUCUAAUCUGUGCUAAUUUAACCUCUCAUAUUUGUUGUUAAGAAGCUCCAUCAAAUUUAAUUCAGUGAUUAAAAUAAAUAAUGUUGACUCCAAAUUCAAUCCAAGAACCUCCAGGAUAUCUUGUUGAUCCUCCAAUCGAAAACCCAGCAAAUCGUUUGGUUCAACCUCAACCAGCUACACACUUGGUGCAACCAUUUCAUCCUGAUCUUUAUUAUGGAGCGAAACUACCAUUGACCAAUCCUGAUGGUUGGCAGCCAGGUCGUCCAGUGCCUUUUAGUCCACCAGGAUUAGAAAACUUGAUUCAAAUUGAUAAAAUUCUUGUUAAACAGAGAGUUGACUUUAGUGGGAACAAUUAUCAUAUUAAAAACCGUAUGGGCCGGCAAAUAUACAGUGCUAUUGAAGAUACCACUUUUUUUACCAGGUGUUGCUGUGGACCAAUGAGACCAUUCAAUAUGAAAAUUACCGAUGACGAGGAGAGAGAAGUUAUAAAUCUCUACCGGCCUUUGGCAUGUAAACACUGUUGUUUCCCUGGUUGUCUUCAAAGUAUGCAAGUUACUGCUUCUGGUGUCGCUUGUGGUUAUAUUGAACAAACUUGGAGUCUUUGGCAACCUAGAUUCAAUGUUUGUGAUGCUUCUGGUGAAACAGUUUUACGCAUUAAAGGACCAUCCUGUACUUUCUCUUUAGGGCCAUUUGACUUAUUUUCUUGUUGCCGUGAUGUUAAAUUUAAAGUGUUAACAAGAGAUGGUAAACAUGAAAUUGGUUGCAUUACUAGACAAAGGUCUGCCUUAACUGAAGAAAUAUUACCCACCAUUAACCAUUUCAGCAUUUCAUUUCCAAUGGAUCUAGAUGUUAAAAUUAAAGCUGUAUUAUUGGGAGCUUGCUUUUUAAUUGAUUUCAUGUAUUUUGAAAUUGCUUAUUAUUCCUGUGGAAAGACUAUGCGAAUAAUAUGAGAUCUGAUACAAUUGAUCUAAUUCCGUUUCAAUGGAAUGAACCUUUUUCAACGCAAUGCGAUUCUGGAUAUUUAUAUUUGUGUAAAUCUUGAAAAUUAGAUGCGGACUAACAUUCAUUAAUAACAACUACGAAGGCUUUCUCGGAGGUCAAGAUUGAUUCACAUUUGAUUGGUGAUGUGUGACAGUUGAGUUUCUUGCAGUUGGAUAUUUGCCAUUAUGCGUAUCAUAUGUAUUAUUUUGUACAAAACUAAAUAAAUUUGAACUUCUAUCAAUA